AUGUGUGUCUACUCGGUGACUACUCAGACCGGUGACCGGGUGAAGAUCCCUACAACGAGGUUCACGUGUCAAGGCCGACCUGCAGGGUACUAUGCCGAUGUCGAGACCGGCUGCCAGAUCUAUCACAUGUGCGAUGGGCUGGGUCGGCAGUUCAGCUACUCGUGUCCCAACACUACGCUCUUCCAACAACGGAUGCUUAUCUGUGACCACUGGUACAUGGUGAACUGCUCCAACUCGGAGAGCGACUACGACGCCAAUUUACUCAUCGGUCAAAGAGACAAACCAUUUGUGUCGGAGGAAGAAAUGCGCCAGCGCACACCUCGGCCCGACAUUUUAUCAGUUCCGCCGAAUAGUAACUUCUUCGACGGUUUACGAGAAUCUGAAUCAAAGUUCUCCAUUCAUCCCGGCAAUAGUAUCGUAGGUAUAGCUGAUUCAAUUUCAACUGGCAACGACGACCUCGACAGUGACAAACCUAACUACAGACCGCCGUCUUCCUGGUCAACAGGAAUCGGUGUUCGCUCUACCACACCAACUGCAAUUGAUAAUAAUAACGACAACUCCAACACUGACUUAAACGCAGACUUCUCAAAUAAUGGCUUCGGCACGAAACAGAACAUUCCUGAUAUCGUAUCCCAAUCGACAGUCCAAACUCCGGUACGAGACUCUAAUAAUGGAAUUAAGCCUCCAUCACAAGAUUUAAGCUUACCUUUCUUGCCCGGUUCGAACGAUGGAGCCAAUCAAUUAGAUAUCAGAAUGAAACCGGAAGACCCCGUUUAUAAUUUCAUCAAACGUUUUGAUCCCAACUCCCCGGAUACUGACUUUGGGACAUCUAUGACAAAAUCACAAAUUCUGGACCUGAAUAAACAACUACCACCAGGUCAAGCUAACUCUGAAGAAGAUAGAACGCCAAAGAAGAAUAAAAACGGCAGUAACAACUUCAACUUUGUUAGAAGCGACAAGAAGAAAGGAUCUACAGAUGAAUCGAGGUUUAACUCUAUCAAUUCGAAAGCGAAUUCCGAAGGCGAGCUAAGCCAAGACGUGCCAGUCCCUGACAAGCAUUUGCUGCCUCCGAAGUCUGAAUUCCCUGCGCCAAGUUUGACAACGACGAUGGGUCCACCGAUAUAUUAUGAAUGGAAGUGGGCGGUACCCGCUUUGGACUUAGAGCCGCCGAGAGUGAGCAAUUUUACAAAUAUCACGGCUGUAUCCAAACAAAAGUCUCAAGGGAAACGUCCCUUUAGCGCAAUCCGAACAACCACAGAGGCCGUUGAACCUACUCCGAGCAACAUAAACACAGAGUACAACAUUAGUUCGUACUUUAUCCCAGAUUAUGUCUUCCCACUGGAUGGUCCGCAUCCAGGAUACGGCGAUGAAGACGCUCAGACCUCGUUUCAAGUUAAGGUUUCGCGACCGGGACGUUCCAGCUAUGGAGAGAACCCAGAUUGCCCACAAUGUCACCCGGCGUACCUGGACCCCGGUUUGCUUGUAAACUAUGGUGACUCUGACGAAGAACUCGAAGAUAGCUCUACCACUAAGUUUCCUCAGAAAAAUGCAUCUUUAUCUUUCCCCACGAAUAAUACUGGAAAUCACGCAUCUGCCGCUAUUCAUCCGCCGCCGAUAUCACACUGCCCUUGGUCUGCGUGUUAUGAUGAGAACAGCGGUUUCACCUAUUAUUGGAAUCAACAAACAAAUGCAGUAACUUGGGAAGCUCCUCCAGAAUACUUAUUAGCUCUUAAGCUGGCACAGCAGCAUUUAUCAACAGCAGGAAACACAGAAGUCUCUGCAGAGGAAUGGCAACUCUACCAGCAAGCUCUAGCCGAGAAGCAAAACUCCAACAAAGUGGCUAAGGCAGCGGCAAAACUGAGUAAAAAUAAUGAUAAGACUACAGUCAAAAACAAAAAGAACAAUAAGAAAAGACCAUCGAGUGAAAGUGAUGAUGAAUAUAAAAUUGAAUUGAUCACAUCAUAUCACAACUCUGAUUCUGAGUCAAAUGAUGAACAGGCGAGUCCUGUGAAGCAACCACCUCCGAAGCCCGUUACUCCCAAAUCUGCACCUUCUAAACCUCAACCGAAGAAACAAAAGACAAAACCUUUGGAGUAUGGUCCCUCCUUGCCGGAAAAUCACAGUUAUUCAGCUCCAAUAGGACCGGAGCUACCGUCAGACUUAGUUCUUCAAAAACCAAAAUCGCCUGAUAUUAAAUCAAGUGUUGUGAAAGAUGAGCAAGGGAACACAACACCUACAUCUAUAGAUGAAGACAGUCAAGAUGAAAGUACAUUGCUAGAGAAGUUAAAGGAUAAAGCAAAACUGUUAGAAAAAUUAGGUGGUGAAUUGCCAAGAGAACUGCAAAAGAUUAUCAAGGACGAUCCAUCUGGAACUGAUUCACCAAAGAGUAUUAAAGAUCUAGACAUAGAUGAGUUGCUUCAAGAGAUUGAGAAGAAAGAAUUACCAAACACAAAAGCGAAAAUCGAUAUAUUGAAUAAGAGUUGUUCUAAUUCUCCUAAAAUAUUCUCAGAAGAUUCAAAAGAAUCAAACUGUCUAACCCUGUUCCCCAGUGCGGUCAAUAUUAAUGAGGAAACAAAUUUGCCAUUAAUAUCAGACAACCCACCAGCUGAAGAAAAGAAGGAAAAUAUCUACCUGUCAUCUACAGUAGACGGUUCGACCCGAAAAAAACUUAGAAUUUCCAACUCAGUAUUACCAAAAGUACAUAAACUAGAGCCCGCUCAGAAAGUGGAAGUACCAGCUUACACAACAAAAUAUAGCCAGUUUAUCGAAGGUUUUUCUAGCGAAAGGACUGGCUUAGGAUUUAGUAAGGAUGAAGUGGUUGAAAAUAGUCCAAAGGAAGCUAUUAAUUACGGGAAUGGUUUGUUGUUCACGAAGGGUGAAGUGUUAAACGAGAAGGACGAAGCCUUGGACGAUAUGGCUGAGUUGGUGGAGGCUAAGCUGAAGUACUUGAGCCAAGUGCAGCCCCGUACGCUUACGCCAUUACAGGAGAUGACGAUACAAUUGCAGACGCUGGUAUCAGCCUUCCGUUGCGGCGCGCUGACUGCCAGUUACUGGCGCCGCUGGGUGGAGGGCGCAGCGCGGGCCCUCGACGCGCACGAACACCUCGCCGCUCCGCCUGGCUGGUUCUGCACCUUCCAGAGGUCGGAGGGACGCUACUGCUACAAGCGCGAGGCGGACGGGUUCGUCCAGUGGGAGUACCCCGCCGUGGCGAGUACGGACAUGGACAUAUGUACUACGCCCCCGCCGGAAACGCCCAAGGAUGAAGCACUCUUGCCGACCGCAUCUGUUACGCCACCGCCACAGCCGACUCCACCGCCGUCUUGGCAGGACCCACCGCCACCGGGGACUGAUGCCCAGCCGCCUCAUGCUCCGGAGCCGAAAAAGGAAAUAGGCGACGAACUCUUAUCCUUUUACAGCGAUCUGGCUGAACUCGAGAAGCAUUCCAAUCCGUCUUCCUUAAACAAUUCACCGGAAAGAAACGAUAAGUCGGAGAGAGAUAGAGAUGCACCGGUUAAGCAAGACAGGCCGAGGGAAGACGAAAAUAGAUAUGAUAGGAGUGAGCGCGAGAAAAAAUCUAUUAAGACGCCGUGUGAAAAAGAGAAGGCCAAAAAGAAGAGCAAGGUGAAGAUCUCCAGCUCAAUUGGAAUGAAGCAAAAGACAGUGUCGUCUCUGGUCGCCAAAUGGCAACAGGUCGCCGAAGAAAUUAACUCGGAUUAA